CCACAUCCAGACAAAAAAGAUUGCUCCAGCCUCCAGGUUCCUUUUUCUCAUUUAAAUUUGCCUGCUUUUCCACGGCAUAUACCCAAAAACUUUCCAUUUGAAAUUCAAAUUCGAACGGUACACAAUAGAAAUGCUAUCAUUAGCAUAGAACAAGGCCACAGAGCUCGAACUUUGGAAGAUUUUUUGAGUUGCCAAAAGACAACAGGCCAUGGGGGAACCAACUUGUCUCAUGCAACAACAGCCCUUCUCUUAUGUUGCUGGCAUUCCUAAUGAGUCCAAUGAGGGAAAUCCUCUUCAUGUUCUUGGGCAGUCCGUCUCUUUUGGAAGGUUUAUGUCAGAAUCCUUAGCUUGGGAAAAAUGGUCAAGCUUUUCUAAUAACAGAUACGUUGAAGAAGCUGAAAGAUUCUCGCGUCCUGGCUCUGUUGCACAAAAGAAAGCAUUCUUUGAAGCACAUUAUAAGAAUCUUGCUGCAAGAAAGGCUGCAGCUUUGCUUGAACAAGCAAAUUCUGCGGCGGAAAAAAAUGAAACUGAAGUUCAAGAUGAUAAUGCAGUUCAAGUCCAAGAUUCAGGAGAGGUGAAUACAAACUCCCAAUUAGGUCUUGAUUAUAAACAAGUAGACGUCAAGGAGACUAUAAAUGCCGAGGCAAGUGUUCUUCCGAAUGACGAUGUACAUAACUUGCUCGUUGAAAUGCCUAUAUGUGAAAGCAGAAAGUUAGAAGAAGUUGAUACAUUGACAGAAAACCCAGCUGUUGGGAAAGACUCUGUAAACUUUGAAACUUUAACCCAGUUUGGUGUUGCUGAUAGUGAGGAAGAAGUGAAAGAAAGGGAGAUUACUGGAUCUAAAUUAAUGGAGAAACCUCUAUUAAAGGAUUUUAUUUCUACUCGGGAUGAUUUGACAUUAAUGGGCAAGAAGAAACUACAGAUUUGUGGUAAGGCAUCUAGGAUGCCAUCUACACCAGCUAAACCUGCAGCUUCAGUUCGUGCAAAAAAGGAAAACAAUUCUACUCCGAUCAGCAAAAAGUGUACAAUAGACGCCUUGGAUAAGAAGAAAUCUACUCCGAAAUCAACUCACAAGUCAAUGAAUUUCACUCCUGUUAGAGGAAUAAAUAAAAUAACUUCAUCAGUUAUUCGAAAAAUUGAUAAUUCUAUAAUGGGUUCUAAUUAUAAGGCAUCAAAAGAUUGCACAACUCCUCUAAAAACUCCAACAAUGGUACCUGUGCUAAGAGAACCUAAACAUACCCUAGCCACUCCUCAGUCAGAAGAUAGAAGGGCAAGGACACCCCUUCACCCCUUGGCAUCUGGAAGCAAAACUGUCCGCUCAAGAUGGCAUUUCCUGCCAACAGAUUGCUCAAAUUUUAUGAGCGCCCGCAAAAAUAAAUCUCAGUCCCCAAAUUUGUCCACUACACCUUUCAGCUUCAGGACUGAAGAAAGAGCUGCAAGAAGAAAGGAGAAGCUUGAAGAGAAAUUCAACGCUAACCAGGCACAAAAGGUUCAGUUGCAAGCAACACUCAAGAGUAUUUUUGAACAGGAGAAGGCAGAAACAGAAAUUAAAAAACUGCGUCAAACCCUUUGCUUUAAGGCUAGGCCGCUGCCAGAUUUUUAUAGAGAGAGAGCAAAAAAAAAUCCAAUUGAAAAGGUUCCAUUGACGCAUUCUCAGUCACCUAACCUUGCAAGGACACCCUCUCCUAGCAUCAUACAGAGAACCUCUCAACCAUCUCUGAGUUAUUCAUUCAAGAAUGGUGGCCCUAAGCAUGGAAUGGGAAAGAACGGUGGCAAUUUGCGUUCUUUAACUUCACGACUCAGAUCAAUCACUCGUGAGAAUACUUCUCCAAAUAUUCAGUAUGAACAACAUAAAGUGCCGAAGAAAGUUUAGAUUUAGAGAAAAAUUAGUUGUAGGUUUUGGAUUAUGGAAAAGUGAAUGGUGUGUAUCAUUCACUAUGAACGAUAGCAAAUUCCUUCAUCUUUGCGGAGGAACUCUUCUUUUAAUCAUUUAUUUAAAAUGUAGGAAAUUGUAAAGAUAAUUGUACCCCAGAUGUUAACUGGAUAAGAUUUUAGGCCACGCAGAACCUAAGAAAGUAAGCUACCAUUUGUACUUGUAGAAAGAUAAUCCCUCUGUGAAUCUAAAGCCAGCAUUUCUUGAA